CAGCCGGCGCCGCGCCGGGCUCGGGGGGUGGCGGCGGCGGCGGCGGCAUGGAGGGCGCGUUCCGCGGCUGGGAGCUGGCGCACGCCGUGCUGCUGCUGAGCCUCGUCCCCGCAGGUGUUUCACUGCCCCAUGAAGAAUCUUCACUGGUGGUGAAUAAAGGAGAGGAAUUAAGGCUGAGUUGCAACGAGGAAGGACCUGUGACUUGGAGCUUCCAGAGCUCGGAUCCCUCAGCCAAAGCCAGGAGUUCCACCGAGAAGGAGUGGUACACCAAGAACGCCACGGUGCGAGACAUCGGCAGAUACGAGUGCAAGAGCAGAGGCAGCACUGUCACUUCCUUCUAUGUCUUUGUUAAAGACCCAGACGUGCUCUUCCUGGUGGACUCCCUGAUCUAUGGCAAGGAGGACAGUGACAUCCUGCUGGUGUGCCCGCUGACAGAUCCAGACGUUGCCAACUUCACCCUGAGGAAGUGCGACCGCAAGCACCUGCCCCACAACAUGACCCUCGUGGCCAACCCUCAGAAGGGCAUCGUGAUAAAGAACGUGCAGAGGUCCUUCAAGGGCUGCUACCAGUGCCUGGCCAAGCACCAUGGAGUGGAAAAAGCAUCAGAGAAAAUCUUCCUGAACGUGAGGCCAGUGCACAAAACUCUCCCUGCCAUCAGCUUAUCCAAAACCUAUGAGCUCCUGAAGGAAGGGGAGGAAUUUGAAGUCACAUGCACCAUCACAGAUGUGGACAGCAGUGUGCAGGCCAGCUGGAUUGCUCCAAAACAUGGGAUUGUUAGAAGCAAAAGCAGGAAUUUGGGCGACUAUGGCUACGAAAGCAAACUGACCUUGAACAUCCGUUCAGUGGGAGUCAAUGAUUCUGGAGAGUUCACCUGCCAAGCAGGAAACCCUUUUGGUAAAACCAAUGCCACAGUCACCUUGAAAGCCUUAGCUAAAGGAUUUGUCCGUGUCUUUGCCACCAUGAACACCACAGUAGACAUCAGUGCAGGACACAAUGGCAAUCUGACAGUGGAGUAUGAGGCAUAUCCCAAACCCAAGGAGGAGCUCUGGAUGUACAUGAACGAAACCCUGCAGAACUCUUCAGACCACUAUGUCAAGUUCAAGGCUGUGGGCAACAACAGUUACACAAGUGACCUUCACCUUACCAGGCUAAAAGGAACAGAAGGAGGCACUUACACAUUCUUUGUGUCCAACUCUGAUGCCAGCUCCUCUGUGACAUUCAAUGUCUAUGUGAAAACAAAACCAGAGAUACUCACUCUGGGAAUGCUUAGCAAUGGCCUCCUCCAGUGUGUAGCAGCUGGCUUCCCAGCCCCUACCAUCUACUGGUAUUUCUGCCCAGGAACUGAGCAGAGGUGUUUCGACUCGCCAACCCUCUCCCCCACCGACGUCAAAGUCAGCGACGCCAACUCGUCGGCGCCGUCCUUCGAGCGGGUGCUGGUGGAGAGCACCGUCAACGCCAGCGCCUUCCGCAGCACCGGCACCGUCUGCUGCGAGGCUGCCAGCAACGGCGACAGGAGCUCUGCCUUCUACAACUUCGCCAUCAAAGAGAAGAUCCGAACCCAUACUCUCUUCACCCCCCUACUGAUCGCCUUUGGCGUGGCUGCGGGGCUGAUGUGCAUCGUCGUGGUGGUCCUGGUGUACAUCUACUUGCAGAAACCCAAAUAUGAAGUCCAGUGGAAAGUUGUUGAAGAAAUAAAUGGCAACAACUACGUCUACAUCGACCCAACGCAGCUCCCUUACGACCACAAGUGGGAGUUCCCUAGAAACAGGCUGAGUUUUGGUAAAACCCUUGGUGCUGGAGCUUUUGGGAAGGUUGUUGAAGCCACUGCUUAUGGUCUCUUCAAAUCUGAUGCUGCUAUGACAGUGGCAGUGAAGAUGUUGAAAACCAGUGCUCACCUGACAGAGAGGGAAGCCUUGAUGUCAGAGCUGAAAGUGCUGAGUUACCUUGGAAACCACAUCAAUAUUGUCAACCUGCUGGGAGCCUGCACUGUUGGAGGUCCCACUCUGGUCAUUACAGAAUAUUGCUGCUAUGGGGAUCUGUUGAAUUUCCUCAGAAGGAAGCGAGAUUCCUUUAUCUGUCCCAAGCAUGAGGAGCAUGCAGAAGCAGCAGUCUAUGAGAACCUCCUGCACCAGGCAGAGCCUGCAGCGGAUGCUGCCAAUGAGUACAUGGACAUGAAGCCAGGAGUGUCCUAUGCAGUGCCUCCAAAGGCUGAGAAAAAGAGGCCAGCCAAGUCUGGAUCCUACACUGAUCAGGAUGCUGCCCCUUCUAUGGCAGAAGAAGAUGAACUUGCUCUGGAUGUUGAAGACCUGCUAAGCUUCUCUUACCAGGUGGCAAGGGGCAUGAGUUUCCUUGCCUCCAAAAAUUGCAUCCACAGAGACCUGGCUGCAAGAAACAUUCUGCUCACCCACGGCCGCAUCACCAAAAUCUGUGACUUUGGCCUGGCAAGAGACAUAAGGAAUGACUCCAAUUACGUGGUCAAAGGGAAUGCUCGGCUUCCUGUCAAGUGGAUGGCUCCUGAGAGCAUUUUCAACUGUGUCUACACCUUUGAGAGUGAUGUCUGGUCCUAUGGGAUACUGCUGUGGGAGCUCUUCUCUUUAGGGAGCAGCCCCUACCCAGGGAUGCCUGUGGACUCCAAGUUCUACAGAAUGAUCAAGGAAGGCUACAGGAUGUUCAGCCCUGAGUGUGCACCACCUGAGAUGUAUGACAUAAUGAAGAGCUGCUGGGAUGCUGAUCCUUUACAGAGACCUACCUUUAAGCAAAUUGUACAGCUGAUAGAGCAGCAGCUCUCAGACAAUGUCCCACGGGUGUAUGCAAACUUCUCCACUCCCCCUUCCAGCCAAGCCCCUGCUGCUGAUCACUCGGUGAGGAUUAACUCGGUGGGCAGCAGCGCUUCCUCCACUCAGCCUCUCCUGGUACGCGAGGACGUGUGAAGAAGAGGAGCCCAGAUGGGUAGUAGCUGUUUGUAUCUGUGCAGGGGCUGGGGUGAGAGAGGGACAACUCCAACCAUUUCUCUUCCUUUUCCUUUUCCUCCCUGCCACCAGCCUGCAGCUGAAGGCCCUGCUGUAAAUCUCUCCUUUACCCACAGACUGUCACACGUUACUGCUCUGAGCACGGUUAGAGGCGUCCUUGCAAUGCUAACUGAAGCUGUAUAUAGUUUGCUAUGUUGUGUGUGUUUGCAGUAGAGAGAGCCAGAUCUGAAGGGAAAAAAAAGACCCCAAACAAACCCCCACACACACCCCAACAACAACAGGAGUCCUGAGCCCAGGGUGUGGAAUGAGGUGGCUGCAGAUGAACCCCCCGAUCGCAGCGAGCCUCCUGUGGCUCUGGGAGGCAUAGACUCAUUUCCUUGUUCUGCUGAAUAUAAGAAAUAAAUGACUCUGAAGCUCA